UAGUGACAGAGUAAAUUUUUAAUUAAUAGAUUUGUGGGCAGCGAAUUCAUAGCAGACCAAUAUUUUAACCAUUAACCAGGAGAGAUGUGCAGGUGGAGGCCAGCAAGAGAUGCCACUGCCACCUGGAUGGUCUAUAGACUUCACACUACGAGGUCGCAAAUACUACAUUGACCACAACACCAAAACUACACACUGGAGUCACCCCUUGGAGAAGGAGGGGCUGCCCACCGGCUGGGAACGGAUAGAGUCUCCAGAGUAUGGAGUCUAUUAUGUUAACCACAUAACGCGGGCGGCCCAGUACGAGCAUCCUUGUGCUCCUCAUUACAUCUACCAGCCAGAGGUGAGGAUACAGUUGGAGGUGGGAGCUCCUCGCCUGCUAGCCCCACCACCUCGCCACACACACUUCCACCCCCACAGUGUGUUGGUACCUGCAAACCCUUACCUCAACCAGGAGAUUCCGCACUGGUUGAGUGUCUAUUCGCGUGCGUCUGCAGAACUUGACCACAAGUUACGUUGGGAGAUGUUUCGUCUGCCAGAACUUGAUUGCUUCAACGCGAUGUUGACUCGACUGUACAAGCAAGAGCUUGAGGAAAUUGUCAUGCGCUAUGAGGCCUACAGGGCGUCAUUACUGUGUGAGAUGGAACAGCGGAUGGCUGCCACGAACAUAGACACAAACAUGAAACUGGUGGAGAUAACCUCCGAUAUACUGAAGGAGACUGCCCUCUCGCAUCAGUCUGAGACCAAAGUGUAGCAGCUUUUUACACAUUUCCUACGACUCCUUUACAUUAGCUUUACUUAGGCUAAAUUAAAAUUAGUGAUUUUGUAAGUUUUGAUGAAAACAGACCAUUAGGUUUGUCAUUAAACAGACCAAUUACAUAAAGCA